AGGGUGGUGGGUGGGAAAGACAAGAACAUAUAAAAGGAAAUUGCAUGUGCCCUUCCUGUGUUUGUAUUUCACGUUUUCCACAAGGUUCGUGAAUGCAAGAUGAAGCUUUUCUUCUUAAGUUGCUUGAUGGUUUCUUGGUGUUGCCAAGUUGGGGCAGUGAACAGGGAGUACUAUAUUGGCAUUAUAGAGACAGAGUGGAACUAUGCACCUGGCAAUACCAAUAUCAUAUCUGGACAGCUUUUUGCAGAAGAAGAGCAGGCUGGAGUCUUUCUCAAAAGAGGACCACAUAGGAUAGGAAGCACUUACAAAAAGGCUGUCUACACUCAGUACAGCAGUCAUUUAUAUGAUGUGGUAGUCGACAAACCUUCUUGGUUGGGGUUUUUGGGCCCUAUCAUUAAGGGAGAAGUUGGAGAUUCCAUUAUUAUACAUUUGAAAAACUUCGCUUCCAGAAACUUCACGCUGCAUCCACAUGGUGUAACCUACACAAAGGAAAACGAAGGUGCCUUUUAUCCUGACAACACCAAUGAUUUGCAAAAGAGAGAUGAUGCUGUGGAACCUGGAGGCCAGUACACAUAUGCAUGGGACGUGACAGAAGAUCAAGGUCCAGCUAAGGGAGAUGCAGACUGCAUAACCAGAGUUUACCACUCCCACAUAGAUGCUCCAAGGGAUGUUGCCUCAGGGCUUGUUGGGCCUUUAAUAAUUUGCAGGAAAGAUACAAUGAAUAAAGGCACUGAUAAACACUUUGAUGCUGAAUUUAUCCUUAUGUUUUCUGUGAUGGAUGAAAAUCUGAGUUGGUAUCUAGAAGAUAAUAUCAAGACAUACUGUUCUGAGCCUUCCAAAGUUGACAAAGAUGAUGAGGACUUCCAGGAAAGCAACAAAAUGCACUCAAUCAACGGGUACGUGUAUGGAUACCUCCCAAACCUCACAAUGUGUGCGGAAGAUAAGGUAAAAUGGCAUCUUUUUGGCAUGGGUAAUGAAGCUGAUAUCCAUUCAGCCUACUUCCAUGGACAGGCCUUAAUAGAAAGACAUCAUCGAGUUGACACCAUCAACCUCUUCCCAGCCACAUUUAUUGAUGCUGUUAUGAUACCAAGGAGUCCUGGGGAAUGGCUGCUCAGCUGCCAAGUGAAUGACCAUAUCAAAGGUGGUAUGCAAGCCCUUUUCAACGUAAAAGACUGCAGGAAAUCCACAACAGAUCACAAUGAGAGUAGAAAGAUAAGACAGUACUUCAUUGCUGCUGAAGAGAUCAUCUGGAAUUAUGGCCCAUCUGCAAUGAACCGUUUUACUGGACAAGAAUUAAUUACUGACAGUGAAUCUCACAUAUUUUUUGAACAAAGUGAGACAAGAAUUGGUGGCUCUUAUAAAAAAGCCAUUUACAAAGAAUAUACAGAUGGUUCUUUCACUGAACAUAAAAAAAGACUCGCAGAGGAAGCACAUCUUGGACUCUUAGGACCUGUUAUCAAGGCUGAAGUGGGUGAGAACAUCAGGGUGACCUUCCAAAACAAUGCCAGCCGCCCAUUUAGCAUUCAGCCCCAUGGUGUGAGUUACCGAAAGAGCGACGAGGGGGCAUGGUACGGUGCUGAAUCUCCAGCCUCUCAUGUGAGUCCCGGUGCUACGUUUACGUAUGAGUGGAAAGUGCCAGAAGAUGUGGGCCCCACAGAUCAAGAUCCGGACUGUUUAACCUGGCUUUAUUACUCAGCUACGGAUGCAGUCAGAGACACUAGUUCUGGCCUUGUGGGUCCUCUCCUGGUGUGCAGAAAGGGAGCUCUGCUUCCUUCUGGGAAACAGAAAAAUGUGAACAUGGAGUUUUUUCUGCUUGCCACAGUAUUUGAUGAGAAUCUGAGCUGGUACUUGGAUGACAAUAUUUUGAUGUUUACACUAAAUCCUAGUAAAAUUGACAAAGAUGAUGAAGACUUCCAAGAGUCUAACAAAAUGCACUCCAUUAAUGGUUAUAUGUAUGGAAAUCAACCUGGUCUUGAGAUGUGUAAAGGAAGUGUGGUUUCCUGGCAUUUGAUGGGCUUGGGGUCAGAAGUUGAUGUCCAUGGGAUAUACUUUUCAGAAAACACAUUUGUAACUAAAGGAACAAGAAGGGAUACUGCAAAUCUGUUUCCACAUACAUUUCUUACAGCUAUUAUGAAGCCUGAUUCUGAAGGAGUUUUUGAAGUGUCGUGCCUGACAACAGAUCACUAUACAGGGGGCAUGAAACAGAAGUACAAUGUGAAACAGUGCCAUUGGUGGAAUGUUGAUGUAUCUAUGUAUUUGCAUGAAAAGACUUACUAUAUUGCUGCAGUGGAAGUUGAAUGGGACUAUUCUCCUAACAGGACAUGGGAAUUUGAGCGGCAUCAAUACCAUGAGGAAAG